AUGAGAGCAACAAUAGAAGAUCUUGAGGCCUUGAAAGAAUUAAAUGAUGAACUUGAAGAAAACCAUAUGGAAAAUGAAAAACAAAUGCAAGCUGAAAUAGAUCAUAAAGACAUGUUAGUUCGUGAAUAUGUUAAACGUCUUGAAAUAGCUGAUGAAGCCAAUGCGGAUUAUGAGAAUACUAUUAAUCAAUUCCGUGAACUUGUAUGCAAUUUACAAAGUGAUUUGGAACAAUUACGUCAAAAAGAAGAAAGCCAAUAUUCCGAGUCAAAGAAUCUUAGUAGUCAAUCUAGAGCCAUGUUAAAUUUGAAUUUCCAAUUACAGUCUACAGUUUUGAAAGCACAAGCAAAACAAAUUGAUUUGGAAUUGAGAAAAUUGGAUGCCGCGCAAGCACUAGAAAACUUGGCUUUUGUACAGCCUUAUCUUCCAGAUAAUUUCUUCCAAACAGAUAAUGAUUCAAUUCGCUGUUUACUUUUAUGGAAAAGACUUGUAUUUAAAUCAGAUUUAAUUAUCAAACAAAUGGAUCAAGUUCAUAAUGUUACAGAAAAAUUAAAUACUGUUGUUCCAGAAGAAUUAAUUUCAGUUUGUGUAUUAAAACAAAAAUUGGCAUGGUUUUCUGAUUUAGGAAAAAGAUUCGUAUCAUUUAUGAGUAAUUGCCCUGUUGAAACCUUUGUUAAAAUGGGUCAAGUUUAUCAUGAAUUAAUUGGAACCGAGAAAAGACUUCAUCAUAUAGUAGAUUUGUUAAGAAAGGAGGAUCUCAAAGAAUCUGAAUAUGUCAUUGAUGUUCAAAGAUCUAUUGCUCAACUUGAACAUUUAGCAGAAAUUUAUCUUUUGAAUACGAAACAUGACGACCCUGAUAAAUUUUAUGCUUAUGGCCACGCAUUAGAAAUGAAUGCUGAUACAAUUGCAGUAACCCUUGGACACCUAAAACAAGCAGUGGUUAUCGCAUGUAAAGAUGAAGAAAUUCAAGUGGCAGAUUCAUUUGAAUCAUUUAAUGAUGAAUUCUUCCAGCCAUUGCAAUCCAUAGUAUCACAAGCAAGAAGUAGUAAAGUCAUGGUUAACAAACUACUUCGUCGAUUAGACGAUUUAAUUGGUCAAUCAUCAACUUUAAGAUCAGAAUUCUUACCACAAUUCAAAAUGUGCUCUUCAAUCUGUUCAAAAUUAACCAAUUUCUGUCAAGAAGUUAAUAAAGGCAUUUUGGAAUAUAUUAAUAAAGUAAAAGAUACCAAAGAAGAAUUGUCACUUGUUAAUUUACAUAAAAUCAUAUAUCAACUUACAGAGGACAUAUUAAGCAUUAAUGAAUUGAGUAUAUGGGAAGGAUGUACUAAAUCAUUACAAACAUUAUGUCAAGAAAUAAAUAAUUUAAGCAAUGUUGCUAGUGACAUUGACAAUGUUGUUAACGUUGUCAAGACAGAAACGCCUUGGGUUGUUAGAUCUAAACAGAUAAAGGCAGAAGUUCUUGUAAACGUUGAUAUGGAACGUAAAUUACAACAGUCAGGGGAAGAAAUUCGUGAAUUGAGAAAGGAAGUCAAACUGAAGGAUCAAGCUUUACAAGAAAAUGGAGUAAAAAUUGAUUUAUUGGAGAAACGUAUGGAUACAUAUAAGAAACAAGCUGAGAUGGUUGUUUCAUUAGAAGAAGAACUUGCAAAUUCAAGAAAACAUGAGAAUGCUUUUGAAGAAGCUAUGGAAAGUUUACAACAAGAACUUGAAGGUUUGGAGAAUGAAAAUAAACAAUUUAAAGAUGUUGCAUUGAAAAUUGGCGAAAGUGGAAUAGGAUCUCCUCCACCGCAAUACAAAAAAGAUGAACAUGACGACUAUUCCAAUGGAUUUACUGAAACUGAUCCACUUGAAAUUCAAAGAUUUGCUAACCAGAAACACUUGAAAAAUCCAAAUAAUAACGAUAAGUUACUUAAAUCUGUAUCGACGGAAGCCAAAUCAUUACUUAAAGAUUUCCGAACUGUUAGUGCAUCACCCCGUGUUGUAGAUUUAACAAAAGUAUAUAAGAAUCGCAAACAAUGGAUGCCUUUAAAUAAAAAACCAGAUUAUCAAUAUCAAGCACAGCAAACAGUGCUACACACAUUGCAACAACGAACAAAUGAAUUAAAAUCAAAACUUCAUCAACUUGGCAGAAACACUCAUUUCCAAAAACCUCCAAAGGGAACUGCUAUUUCAACAAAACCACCAUUUAUUGGACGUAUUAGAGUGCCACAAUUAGACAAUAAUAAUAAGCAUAGUGAUAAUAACGGCGAUUAUAAAUCUUCUAUAAUUCAUAAUAUUAAACUCAAAACACCUUCAGAUUUUGAAAAUAUUCAUACCGUUUUUGUAAAUUAA